UUUCUGAGCUUGCGCAUGAUGCACAGGACAAUCUAGAUGAGUAGUGAUUCUGCACUGUUUCGACAGGAGCGUAAUGGAACCUGCCUGGCGUCAGCCUGGCAGAGGGAGAGGCCGGGGCCGGGGAGGAUCGAGUGUGGCCCCCGAGAAUGCAGUUCCCAGGGCCCCAAGAGACAAGGGGGUCCAGACCCCUGGCGCUAGCGCAGAUGGUGGCCCAAGGCCUGGCAGGGGUCGAGGUGGAACUGCAGCGGGUGUAUUGGAACCGAUUUCUGAUAAAGAACUGUCAACUCAAGCCAGGUUUGAAGAGAUACGGAGAUCCAAUCAGGCUGUGGCUCAGAAGCUCACAGAAACUCAGUACAGCUCUUCUUCCGAUGAGGAAGGGGAGGAAGAAGAGGAUGGAAAGCAAGGGAAGAUUUUGGCUUCUACGUUUACCACCUACACAAAUCAAUCAGGUGGAGAUAUCACAGACCUGGAACGUACCAGGCAGUACCUCAAUGAUGCUUUUCAAUCUGGGGCUAUAACUUGCUUAAUUUGUAUCGCAUCUGUAAAAAGGAAUCAGGCGAUCUGGAGUUGUUCAGGAUGUUACUGUAUAUUUCACAUGCCCUGUAUUCAGAAGUGGGCUAAGGAUAGCAUUUUCCUGGUGUCUUCAGUCACCGAUGAGGACUUUGGAAAGAAAGAGCACCCGUGGCCUUGUCCAAAAUGUAGGUUUGAGUAUAAACCACAUCAAACGCCCAACAGAUACUACUGUUACUGCGGGAAGGUAGAAGAUCCUCCUCUUGACCCCUGGCUUCUGCCUCACUCCUGUGGCCAGGUCUGCGACAGAGAGUUUAAGCCGUCCUGUGGACACAGGUGCCUGCUACUCUGUCACCCAGGCCCCUGUCCGCCCUGCCCGAAGAUGGUUACCGUCACCUGUUUCUGUAAGAAAGCACGACCAGUCCCCCGCCGCUGCAGUGCUAAAUCCUGGAGCUGCAAGCAGACCUGCGGGAGGCGUCUGCCCUGCGGCCAGCACCCCUGUCAAAGCCUGUGCCAUGAAGGCGAUUGUCAGCCCUGUCCCCGCGUCAGCACGCAGCGAUGUCUCUGCGGAAGGAGUGUAGCGGAAAGGCUCUGUGCGAGCCCCGUCUGGCAGUGUGAGCAGGUCUGUGGCCGAACCCUGUCUUGUGGAAAUCAUACAUGUGAGAGAGUUUGUCAUCGGGGACCGUGUGGGGAGUGUCCUCGAUCAGGGAACCGAGCCUGCCCAUGUGGCAAAUCCAAGUGCUCUCUACCCUGCACAGAGGAUGUGCCCACAUGCGGUGACACAUGCGACAAGGUUCUCGAGUGCGGACUUCACACAUGCUCGAUGCGUUGCCAUCGCGGGGCAUGCGAGACGUGCCGACAGGAAGUGGAGAAGCAGUGCCGCUGCGGAAAGCAUACCAAGCGGAUGCCUUGUCACAAGGAGUAUCUGUGUGAAUCCAAGUGUACCAAAACCAGAGACUGCCUCCGGCACCUGUGCAAAAGAAAGUGCUGUCCAGGAAACUGCCCCCCGUGUGAUCAGAGUUGUGGCCGUGCCUUGGGCUGCAGGAACCACAAGUGUCCCUCUGUCUGCCAUAGAGGCAGCUGCUAUCCAUGUCCAGAAACUGUCGAUGUGAAGUGUCAGUGUGGAGCUACUGUUCUAGCUGUGCCGUGUGGCAGGGAGAGGGCAACCAAACCACCCAGGUGUAAGGAGAUCUGCAGGAAUCCACCGACAUGUCAUCACGCCAGUCGAGAGAGACAUCGCUGCCACUUUGGCACCUGUCCUCCGUGCCAACAGGCAUGUCAGCGAGUUCUGAGUAAAUGCGGGCAUGUCUGUCCAGCCCCAUGCCAUGAUGAAGUGAUGCUCAAGAAGACUGUGAAACCUCAGCUUGCAGGUCCAUGGGAGCAGCCCCCCGAGCCAGUCUUCGUUCAGACGGCCUUACCGUGUCCCCCCUGUCAAGUCCCUAUACCGCAGGCUUGUCUUGGAAACCAUGAGGUGAGUCCCUUGCCAUGCCAUGCUGUGGGCCCAUACUCUUGUAGAAGGCCUUGUGGACGGCUGUUAGCCUGUGGCAACCACACCUGUGCCAGAGAAUGCCACAGUGUGACUCUGCCUGACAGAACAGAGGACAAGCAAAAGGCGGGUAAGGAGUGCCAUCAGUGCGAAGAGGGGUGCAGUUGUCCUCGCCCUCCAGGCUGCCCUCACCCCUGCCCCCUGCCCUGCCAUUCCGGAGACUGCCCUUCCUGCACACAGAUGAUCAGACUCAAAUGUCACUGCAAGAUAACAUCCCUUUUCGUUGAGUGCUUGAAGAUUACUACAGCUGACAAUGAGACAAAAAGGCUGCUGGGCUCCUGUAAAAACCAGUGUCCUAAGCAGCUGCAAUGUGGGCAUCGCUGCAAAGAGACCUGCCAUCCAGGAUCCUGCGUGGGGAUCUGCAGUCAAAAAGUGAAGCUCAGAUGUCCGUGCAAAAGAAUCAAAAGGGAGUACCCUUGCUUCAAGGCUCAUGAAGGGCUGGUCGUUGUAGAAUGUGAUGAGGCAUGCAAGGACUUGCAGAAGAAGGCGUCUGAGAUGAAGGAAGCAGAAGAAAAAGCAGCAAUUGAGGAGGAAAAGAGACGACAGCAAGCUGAAUUGGAGGCAUUUGAGAAGAGGCUGAAAGGGCGACGCAAGAAAACCAAGAGGAACAAUGAAGUGGACAUCAAGGAGACUGCUUGGCAGAAAUAUAAAAUGUACAUCAUGGUGCCAGUCUGUGGAUUUCUACUGGCAGUGGCAACCUUUUAUUUGAUUCAGGCUAAUUAAAAUGUUGCUUGUUGAAGGAAUUAUGUAAUAUUUAAACCUGAAAAUACAUCACCUAAUUGUCAAACUUAAAAGCAAUUGAAAAUAGGAACUGUUGUUUUAAGUCUGCCUUUCCCUUUUGAUGCCUUACCUGGGUGCCAUUGUGAUAAUGCAUUUUCAUUAACUGCUACACAGGUGAACAUCUCCAGUCAAUGGCUCUAAUGAAAUGUUCUUUCUUGUGAAACCCUAAGAAAAGGUUUAAGCUGGUGUUUUAGUUUUUGCAUUUUUUGCUUUAAGUUUUACUUAACAUUGUAGAGUCAUAAGUUAUAUCUCUGGUUGCUUUCCAUGAAAAUUAAAAAGUGUUUUCUUUCCAGAUGGUUACCAUAUAAUUGACAAUAUGUUGAGAUGUGACAAAAACGGAAAUCCUAUUUGCAUGUAUUUUACAUCUUUCUUUUAGUUUUAUAAAUAAACAAUAGUUUCAAGGUGCUACUAACUAAUAAGAUAAGACCCAUUAUAUAAUUUACCCUGUUUAAUGUAGCAAGACAUUGAUUAAAUUUGUCUGUUGUGUGUAAAAAAUUUAAAAUUGCUUUGUAUUUUGGUCUUUCCUUCCUACAGAAGCAAGAAAGUGUCUUUUCUGUUUGCUAGUACAGUUUAGAUUUCUGAAUGUUUUUUCUGGUUUGCACUUGGAUUGUAUGGAAACUGAUUUUAUUUUCUCCUGUUAUCAUUAGUUGCCUUUAGUGAUGCAUUUACACAUUUUUUGAUGUUAGGUAAGGAUCUGUGUAAAUUAAGCAAUAAUACAAAGAAUCCAUGAUACAGUGUGCUGUAUGCAUUUUGAACACUGAAUUGCAAUCAUCCUAGAAAUAGAGAUAUACUGUACACAAUUAUAGCACGCACCCUGAUAAAAAAAAUAUUUAUGGACCUUUUUACAAGUAAAAAAGCUCAGAUAACUACAUACUGUACUGUAGUACUCAUAAUAAAAGUUCCAUUGAUAAGAAGUUAA